AUGGCACGUGGUCAUCAAAAGAUUCAAUCUCAACAAAAAGCUCAGAAAAAGGCUGAAGCGUUGAAAAAGGCCCAGGGCAGUGACCAACGUGGUGCUGCUCAGAAAGCAUUGCAUCAUAAAUGUGUUGUAUGUAUGGCACAGAUGCCCGAUCCGAAAACCUACAAACAACAUUUUGAAAGUCGUCAUCCAAAAGUAACGCUUCCUGCGGAAUUACAGGCCAUUUAA